UUUAAAACUGGGAAGAACAGUAUAACCUAUAACAAUAAUAUGUUACGAAUACCGGUUCGAAGUAGAGUAGGGCUUGAAAAGUCGCUGGUUCGGAUGAAGUCGUCGAGCAGCUUUAUACGAAGCACUUUUAUCGAUUAUUUUGUUCAUAAUCACGGCCAUAAGCAUGUAAAAUCAAGCUCCGUGGUACCCCUGUGCGACCCCUCGGUGCCCUUCGUGAAUGCUGGCAUGAAUCAGUUUAAAGGUGUGUUCCUCGGUCGAGUGGAGCCACCGUGUCCUCGUGCUGUCAACUCUCAGAAGUGUGUCCGUGUUGGAGGCAAACACAAUGAUCUGGAAGUGGUCGGCUCUGACGGACACCAUCAUACCUUCUUUGAGAUGCUUGGAAACUGGUCCUUUGGGGACUAUCAUAAGAAAGAAGCAUGUAAAAUGGCAUGGGACCUCCUCCUGGGCCCGUACCGGUUCAAGCCGGAAGACCUAGUGGUGACAUACUUCGAGGGUGAUCCUAUCAUUGGCAUCACGGAAGACAGGGAGUGCAGGGACAUUUGGAAAUCCCUAGGUGUGCCACCCAGCAGACUCAAAGCCUUGGGGACAGCAGACAACUUCUGGGAGAUGGGCACCACUGGGCCCUGCGGACCCUGCACCGAGAUACACUAUGUCAACCCCGAUGGCAGCCUCACAGAGAUAUGGAACAUUGUGUUCAUACAGUGCAACAGGGAAGCCGACGGUUCAGUGAAGCCGCUUCGUAAGCACCACGUGGACACGGGCAUGGGUCUGGAGCGGGCCACGGCCCUCAUACAAGGCGUCAAGUCCAACUACGAUACGGACUUGUUCCUGCCACUUAUGAAGGCGAUUGAGCAGAGCAGCCCGGGUGCGCCGCGCUACUCGGGGCAGUUCGGCGCCGGCGCGCCGCUCGACGCCGCGUGCCGCCGCCUCGCCGACCACGCGCGCAUGCUGGCCGUGUGCCUCGCGGACGGCGCCUUCCCCAACACCAACCUAAACCUAAAACAAAUAAUGCGUACAUCCCUAAAGAUCGCCACCGACAUAUUCGGCAACCAUCGACUCGUGCGCAUAUUAUACGACGAAGUAGCUUCCACACUGGGGCACGCCUACCCAGAGCUUGAGUCAAGAGCUAAGGACGCCAAGCUGAUUAUAGAGCAUGAAGAGCAGGCUUACAAGAGAUUGCGGUCAGAGCUGGUCAAGAAGUGGCGGGAUCUGCUAUCGCAGCACCCGGAGGCCGAGGCUAUGGACGACGUGGAGAUGCCUGGCUUCCCGCGAGGUUAUAAGGAGUUUAAGGAAGUCAUGGCCAAGCAAAACUCAUCCGUAAUACCAGCGGAGCUAGUAUUCAAACUGUAUGACACGCACGGUUUCCAAGAAGACGUGAUCGAACGUAUCGCCAAACUAAACAACUUGACCAUAGACAAGAAAGGCUUCUGGAAGCUUCUUCAACAACACAAGACCAGGCACAAGACUGCCAUUCAAGAGCAAACCGCCAGCAGAGCGCAAAUGUUCGACAAAGCCAUAGACAAUCUUAAAAAAGACAACAUUAACUCAACAGACGACUCAUAUAAAUACAAAUACUCAAUAGUAGAUAAUAAACUCAAAUUUGAGCCGCUUAAAACUAAAGUAGCAGCAAUUUUAAACGAAGAAGGCCAAUGGAUAGACUUUUUAGAGCCAUCCGAAAAUCAACCUUACUACCUAAUAACUAAAGACACUAAUUUCUAUUGCGAGGAAGGCGGACAGAUUGCGGAUAGCGGCGUUAUUCAUAUAAAUAAAAAAGUUUAUUUAAAAGUGGACAGCGUUUUUAAAAUUCGCGAUUUCGUGUUCCAUAAAGGCUGUUUCACAAUAACGGACGCCAUAGACAAUGAUUUCGGUUGUGAUAGUGAAGUGUUAUUAGAAAUAGAUAGUGAGAAACGUGUUAAUGUUAUGCGGAAUCAUACGGCAGUGCAUUUAUUGAACGCGGCGGUUAGAAAAGUGCUGCCGGAUAGUGUGGUGUGUCAGACUGGGUCUAGUGUUACUGAUAAGGGGUUGUCUUUGAAUUUGUCGGUUUAUGGACAUCGGUUGACACAGGAUGUGGUGAUGCGAGUGCAGGAUUUGAUUCGUGAAGCAAUUCAGGCGAACACUCCAGUGGAAUCCCGUGUCAUCGACAGUCUUCAGCUAAACGAGUCCAUUCUAUCGGUUCCCGGGGAGACCUACCCUGAAACUGGCUUACGCGUCGUAGAAACCGGCGCGCCGCUACCUUCCAAAGAGCUAUGUUGCGGCACACACGUCCCGUCCACGGGCCUUAUCGGCGAACUGUGUAUAACACUAGUUAAAGCCGCUGGAGGCACUUCACCGAACAUCCAUGCCAUCACGGGCCCGAGAGCUACUGAGGCGCGUGAACUGUUCUGCAAGUCCCACCAACUCUUCAAAGUGUCCGACCUCCUCGACCCUGAACAGAGCAAGGAGCAGGUGACAGAUGUCAAACAGCGGCUGUCUGAGCUGUGCGCCGGCAGCGGGGCGCCCUACGCUGAAUAUAGCCAGUGCCUCGACGUGCUGGAUACAGUACAGAAAACUGUUGCUACCAACGAUCUAGCUUUACAUUCUAUCGUGGAAGAAGAGAUUCGCGACGCAACCGACGAAGCAACCCGGGACGGCCGACGCUUCGUAGUCCACUUCCUACGCUGUUCCUACAUCAUGGCGCCCAUCACCGCCACUACGGCGCUGAGGAGUCACCGAGCUGGUGGCACACCCACGCUACUGCUGGGCUGCGCUCAGGGCGUCAUCACGGCCGUCUGCACGGUGCCCAAGGAAAUGACGUCACACUCGUUUAACGCGAAGCAAUGGUUAAGCAGUAUCUUGCCAGUAUUCAAAGCGGAGUUAGUACCAACACCCGACAAUGAAUCCAACACAUAUGCGGAGAUGACUGGCACCAAGGUGAGCCUAAUAACCUGCGAGCAGUUAGUGCAGGACGCGAUGCGCGCCGCCAUCAAGUUCGCCAACACCCACACCACCACCACAGACGACUCCAACACCAAACUCGCCUCAACCAACUGA